UGCAGCACAACCCUUUCAAAGUUCAGUAUUUGCGAGAAACAACGCCGGAACCAGCAGCCUGUGAAAAGGGAUUUGCUCGUUGCUCAAUGAGCUCUUUCCAUGAAUGAUGAUGCACCGAUCUGCCGCAGUUACAACCGAGGAGGAUCUCCACGACACCGAUGAACGCGACGAGGAGGAGGAAGAAGGAUGAUGAGGAAGAAGAGGACAUCUUUGCGAAGCUGUUGGAAUCUCCGGAACCCCACAAGGACCAUAGAACCAUGCAGCUAACUUCCGAAGAACGGCAAUGGGCACUGGAUUUGAAGAGGACGGUGGAACAAGACCAUGCUGAACUACACAACCUUAGUGAUAUGGAAUAUGCGGUGUAUGCCAUCAUCUCUCAGGGUAAUCAGGCUGAUGCUUUGACAAGAAUGGGAGCCAUUCAGAUGUUUCGAGAGGAGUAUCAAGUUGACAAUUCUAUAGAACAGGGUGUGUACAUGCUCGGAGAGCUAAUGAAGCAACAAGAAGGUCUCUUACUGUGUUUGGAUGUUGACAGUGCCACUUUGGAAGGAUUGCAUGUCAUGGAUAUUGGGGCCCUUAACCCACAGGCAGCGUUAGCGCCCUGCUUUAUCAGCGGGGUUGACUACAAUUGGCGCAUCAUGGUCUGCGGCUUCUACUAUUACAACCUGGCCUGUCAGCCAUGUCUUGGGACCGUCAGAGCAGGGAAUCACACCAUGGCUGACUUUGUGGGGUGGGGUUGGCAUCACAUGAAUAUGGAGAUUCAGUAUCGGUUCUCCGGGGAAAUGUUUGCCCACUAUCCAAUAAAGUUCACCAAAAUGUGUUGCUACAAUACCAAUCAGGCUGCCAAUAUUGUUUGGUCCCUUGUCAAGAAUGUGUAUCCAAGUUCUUUGAUGAAUGUGCUACAAUUGGGUUGCCAGAUACCCUCGGAAUCUUAUGAGGAGGCCCCAAAGAGUCUGAGUGAAAGAUAUCUGCAACCAGACCUUAACCAGGCAUGCCUUCGGAUGCUAACGAGAGCAAAUAGCUUGUUGACCUUGAGGUGCCGAAAUGACGAGCUCUUUCGAUUGUAAUGAGGAAGAGUUCAUUGCGCAAAACAAAAAUGCAGCACAGCAAGCACAACUGCCACAGCACCUGCUGCAGACAGGCAGAGACUUCAGAAUUGGCGUGCACAGCCCUUUUUGAGCCCCGCAAUAGAUUCUUCAGAGUGCCAGCUACUUGGCAGACCGACUCGCCACCCUCAGGGUUUUUCCGGCUAGUAUGCCAGCCCAUCUUCGGAAAAGGUUUGUUCAUGCCGUUUUGAGUUGCCCUCAUACCGGUAGAUCACAGAUCACACUAGCAAGCUACCGUCCGGACGGUAGACAUUAGGUACAUGUAUAAAUAGAACGCAAGUUGUGGUCUCACAAAGAGAUCUUGGCCUACAAAAACGCUACUACCGUAACCAGUUUGACGGGAACCACUCCCUGUGCCAUCCAACCCAGACAAUAUGCCAGCCAUCCAAAGUUUGCAUCAAGUGGUCAAGUGAGACUGCUUCACGCGAUCGCAGGGAACCUCAAUAUCGUUCACAUCAAUUCGCCGCCAUGUACAGAAAUGACGCAGAUGGUGUUUUUACCAUCCAAAAUAAUAUCCACUGAAUAGGACAAAAAGCACGGAACCAGCAAAAUCUCCUCCCAUUUUGAGCCAAGCAGCACUGGCACCAUUGGCGAGUGGCUCUUCUUCUUCGUCUUCUUCGUCUGGUUCCACUUCAUUCUCGGGAGUGUCAGUUUCUGUAGUGGACUUCAUUGGUUCCUUUGUGGUAGUAAAGUAUACUUCUGGAUUGCUCAAGAGUUCCGAGGAUGCCACCAAUCUUUGGUAGCACGAUGGAAAGAUUGUGGAUUGCACGCAAGUUGGCUCCACAGGUGCACAAGUGGAUUCGUCCUCUAGAUCAUCGCACAGCAUAGCCUUUCCCAU